AUGAGCACUCCAGUUACUUCCGUUACGAUCGAAUCCCUCACCGAGGCAUGCAACACCAAGCUCGGCGCCACUCAUGUCGAGGGCAAGGAUAUCUCUGGUGGAUGUGGACAGAACUUUGAGAUCAAAAUUGUGUCGCCCAUGUUCGAGGGCAAGUCGACCCUCCAGAAGCAUCGUAUGGUGAACGAGGCCCUCAAGGAUCAGAUCGCAGUCGUCCAUGCCUUCUCCCAGAAAUCGUUUACGCCAGCGCAAUGGGAGGCCCUUCAGCAGCAAUAA